AUGAGUAGUAGUAUACGUACCUGUAUCAGGCAGUUCCUGAAGACCGCAAGUCUCGGUGCCAGGGCUAAACCAUUAUCCUUCAAAAACCUCAAAGAAAUCAAAUUAAGAGAACCAAUUGUCCCCACCCAUAAGAAUUUUGAAGUAUCACCAGAUCAUCCACUUUGGCAAUUUUUCCCACAAGGAAAUCAAACUACUAGUUCAUUAAGAGAAUCUGAGGAGUUGGAUUUAGAUUCUAGGAGUUGGGCCAUGUCUGAAUUACGUAGGAAAUCAUUUGAGGAUUUACAUACAUUAUGGUAUUUAUGUUUAAAAGAACGUAAUAUAAUUGCUAGAGAAGUUAGAUUAUCUGAAGCUUUAGAAAAUGAAGAUGCUAGACAAUUUAUUAAUUUAGAUAAGAAGUUUCAUUUGACUAUGAAGAGAAUUAAGCAAGUUUUAUUGGAAAGACAAGUUGCUUAUGAAAGAGUACAAACAUUAGAUCAACAACAACAAGAAUAUUUACAAGAAUUUAAAUCUAGAUUUGUGAAAUGUAAUGAAGACGAAAUUGAUGAAUAUCAUGAAAAAUUAAUUAGAUUACAAUAUGCUUUCUAUGGUAUACAACCAGAUUUACAAGAUUAUGAUUUGGAAAAAGAUAUUGAUAUUAAAUUUAUUAAAGGAUUAGAAUAUAUUGCCGAAUUGAAAUUAGCAAGAUUUUUACAUUUGCAUCCAGAUUAUAAAUUUGAAUUACCUUUAAUAGGUCCAGUUGAACAAUUGCCUUUCUUUUUAAAAGAUACUGAAGAAGCAAUUGAAGAAGUUUUGGAAUUAAGAAAAUCAGGUAAUUCAAAGAAAUUAGAUAAUAUUCAAGUUAUACCUUUCUUAAAGAAAGCUCUUGCAAAUGUUAUCGAAGAAGCAAACGUAGAGCAAUCAGAACAAUAA